CAGUCUGCGGUGGGGAAAUGUCCGACGGCUCCUGAACGUGGGAACAACACAUGUAACGUGCUCGUGGCCGCGCCCCUUCAUAGUAGGGUGGGUUUGUGUUGAUGUCAAAAAGUUACACAAGCGACCGACGAGGCAGCGGAAGAGGACGAAGACACACCGGUCACACCUGUAACCACACACACACACACACACACGUUUCUGUUCACACAGACGAAACAGCCACGACCGUCAGAUCGAGUCAGCGGGGAAAUCCUCUCACACAACCGAGCACGGCUCCUCCGUUCGGACAACACGUUGUUUUUUCCGGCGCGCACACCGCUCACUACUGGGAGGAGCACCGGCAUGUCACCGUGAUUUCCAUCGGUUAACAAGUCGUCUCCUGCGCGGGGCCACGCUCCUCACUCUCCGCUCACAGACAGAAGUGUGGCCUGCUCACUUUGUACAACACCAACAGUUCAGUCAUGGAGCUGAGCUCAGUGAUUCUCACCACCGGCGGAUCCGCGGUGUUCUUCAGGCUCCUCAACGCGGGGGUCAGUAGGCUGCCCAUGCCCGCGUCAGCCUCCAGGAACGCGUGGAAAUGGAGGAAUAUCUCCACAUCGUUCGUGCACAGCCUCGUCACCGCGAUAUGGGCCGUGCUCUGCUUUUUCCGUCACCCGCAGAUGGCUGAGGAUCUAAUAGACACCUACUCGGCGUUUUCUCAUGCUUUGGUGUCGUUUUCGAUCGGUUACUUCAUCUACGACUUCUUUGACAUGGUGCUCAACCAGAAGCUGAAUCAGUCCUGGGAGCUCCUCUUCCAUCACAUUGUGGUGAUCUCCUGUUUUGGCCUCUCUGUGGUCUCGGGCCACUACGUGGGCUUCUCUGUGGUCGCCCUGUUGGUGGAGAUAAACUCUGUUUUACUCCACCUCAGGCAGAUGCUGCGUAUGGCCAACAUCGCUGCAGGAACACUGUACCGGGUCAACAGCAUAAUCAACCUGGGCACGUACGUGGUGUUCCGCAUCAACACGCUGGCCUGGAUGACCCGCUGGCUGGUGCUCAACCGGGACAAGGUGCCCCUCCUGGCCUACACGCUGGGCAGCGUGGGCAUGGCCAUCAUGACGGUGAUGAAUAUUGUCCUCUUUUAUCGGCUGCUCCGGAGUGACUUUUUGAAGAAUAGCACCAGGGAAACAAAGAAGGAGAAGGAGAUGUAGAGACAAGGAGGAGGAAGAGACACAAGAAGGAUUAGAUUUCACACACUUAUUGCUGUAUGUUUACACCCUAUGGCUCAGAUUUGGUACCAUUUUGCCUUUAUGUAUAUAGUACAGUAAACUCAUAGCUGGGAAACGAGCGACCUUUCUCAUAUUGUACAGAUUGUAACCGGUGGGCCUCAUUCCAAACACAGAUCACACUCAGCCUUUAUGCUGAAAUCUGUCAUUUGUAGUUUUGACAGUUUCUGUCCUCUUAAAGUGCCAUUAGUGGCUCACUGAUGGUGAAAAAAGGAUUUUUCAUAUAAACUUGUAAAACAACAUCAACACCUUCAUCGUCCUGCAGGGUGAUUCAGCUAAAUCUAAAAUGUGGCUUAUGGUAAGUGAAUAUGCACUGUUUGUAAACCCUCCCACACCCAUGUAUGCAUUCAUAUUAUAUACUGUACAUAUUGCAUAUAAUAUACAUACAUAUGCUGUUGUGGGUCAUUUAAAAGUUUCCCAUAAAGUUUAUUUGCAGCAUAAAUUAAAAUUUUAAGAAUAAAUUAGUGGAAUUCAAAUCCUCUGGGUGUGUAACACUAAAGCCUACAGAGGUGAUUAUUUCUUUUUUCGUUUUCCACCAAAUAUCCUCAACCAAAAACCACCUGCUACCUCGGAAAGCUUGUAACAGUCGUUUACUUCUUUCAAAAACAAGCUUCACUGUCAGUGUUUGGCUGGUAGUUUGUUGCUGGAGAAGAGUAAACGUUAGGAAAAGCUUUUGUCAAAUAGAAUCAGGAAAUCCAGCAAACAGCAGUCCUCACACGGAGGAGAGAAGAGGGUACUCGGAUGGUUAAUAAUUGCUAAAUAUGUCAAAAAGUGGCAUUUAAAUUAAAGCAAAAUAGAUUUGAACAAUAAUAGCCUUUUUAAAAGAUUAUGUAAAAAUAACUCACAAAGCUUAAACAAAUCAGUGAUAAAUCACAUAAAAUAAAAAAAGCACAUGUCUAUUUGUUAUAGAGUCCCAUGAUGGUGGACAGUCUGCAGUAAGAGCUUUCAGACUACCUGAUAUUCCUAAUCUGGCCUAUGGAGGGCAGCAAACUCCUUAACAUCACCUCAGUGCCCUCAAGACCACCAGAGGUGUCUUUUAUUUUGUAAUAUCCUCAGAAAUAUGUGCCUUUGAUUUGAAGUUGGCACAGGAAGACAUGGAGAAAUCCUCGAGGUCAGUGUUGGAUCAAGCAGGUCUGAGAUCUGUGAAUACAGCAAACUGUUAAACAUGCUGCUGCCUACUCUUCCCACUCACACUAUGACAUCAUGAUGAUGCCAUUCGUGUUUUGUGUUUUUGCUUUUUUCGUGUAUAUUAAUUGUCUCCAGGGGUUAAAUUGUAUAUAUGUAUAAUUUAUUUGUAAUUAAAAUAUAAAUUGGGGAUUAAAGAUGGAAUGAACACAGUGUUCAGGGAAUUUCCCCCGAUGUUUUUGGGUUGUCCACUUGUCCCAUUCUUGUGAACACGAUAUCUCAGGAACACCUUGAGGAAAUUUCUUCAAAUUUAGUAAAAAUGUUCAGUUGGACUCAAAGAUGAACUUAUUAGAUUUCAGGGGUCAAAGAUCAUGUGACCUCACAUGAAAUGUAUGUAUAAAUGUCUAAAAUACACUGAACAUUGUAACCUUCAUGAAGGGAGGAUUUGAUGCUUAACUGUUGUGUUAGACUCAGUUUGUUUCGGCUGAAUGUAGUUUGCAGAUAAAUAUUUGACACAAACAAAUUAAAAUCUUUGUCCACAUCAAAAUCAAGACAUCGCUGCACUAAACAGACUGCACAGUUUGGGAGGAAGGCAGUAGAGAUUGAAUUAUUAUUAUUGUCGUGACUUAAUUACCUUUUUUUAGUAUCUCCCUUUUUGAUUUGAUCCUAUAUUGUCAAUCUAGAUUUGCUUUUCUCCAACUUUUUCGGGCAGCUUUGUGGUUGUAGUAAGGAAAAAUGGUGACGAUUGAAGUUCUUACUAACAAACAAGCUUAUAUUUGUAAAUGUGUUGUGCAAAGCUGUAAUGUUAUUGGAAUUAUACAUGUUUGAUACCAGAUAUGUCCAUGAUGUUGUUGUGGGGUCUUAUAGGAAACACAGCAGCUGAAUGCGGUUUCAAAUGAUGGCAGGAUAAAUGCCAUCAUCAGCCCUGCUCUUCCUGGGGUCCGCAGCAAACAAACCUACCUUAUAAGUUGGAUAACAUUUUUAUUUUUUAUGUUUUAUAAAUGAAACUCCAAUUUAUGUUUAUACAAUAACUGUUUAACGUGACAAUAAAGAUCAAUGAAAUGAAA